AUGUUGAGUGAUGAAGACUCCGUCCCCAAGGAGAGGCCUGAACCGGACCUCUCGGCCUUUUGCUCCUUAACGGCUUUUUCAACCAUUACUGUAUCAUUUUAUUGUUUUAUUUCCGCCAUUUGCCUGGUGGGCUCUGCCACAUUUGUUAAUGUGUACCACAAACUUUUUAGCGAUGAUGCCGUUCAUGCUGCCGUGGGAUGUGGCGUGAAUGCCACCAGUUGGACAGUAAACCGUGCUCGAAAUGUGCUUAUUGGCGCAUCCAUUACUUUUAUCCUUAUUUACACUAUUUUUGCACUGGCCGCGGUGUGGUACAUUCGGCGCACCUUGAUGGAUCUUGAAAGGUCAAUGUGCCAGCUGUACUGCACCUUUGAUCACCUUAGCAAACUACGCUUGGAGAGUGUACCGCUCUAUGUCAACAAAUACAGUGAUGUGGACGUUAUUACAGAGAAGCAUACUUUUCUUCUUGAGCGCUAUUCCAAUGUGCUUGAGCUUCAGCAGACGGAGGAUUCCAUCAACAACGUUUCAUUGAUUCUCCGGCAGUUUCGGAAAUUGCUUCCCGAUGCCGUGUUUCACAAGAAGAUUGCGGGGGAAUUGAGAGAAUCGAGGGCCGGUGAAAUGGCCAUUUUAAGAACCGUGGGAAACCGGCCAUCUGACCGCCUGGGAACGAUGAUGGUAGCGAAGAUUUCCUCGCUGCUGAGAAGACAGAAUAUUGCUUCGCCUGUCGCCCCAGACGGGAAACAGGGUUUGGCUUGCCCCACUGAAUUUCCAAAGACGUAUUCAUCAGUGUUGCAGGAGGACAUAAAUAACCAUGGGAAAGGCAAGUGUUCCUGUGGAACCCUCAAUAUUGCUGAACUCCAAAAUGGCAUUGAUUUUUGCUUGAAAAAAAGAAUGGUCACAGUUGUGGUUGCUUCCUUGUCUGGACUCGCAGUGUGUAUGGAUGAGGACCUGCAGUAUUUUCAAUACUUUUCACAAGAGUUUCUUUCUGUGUUGACGGACCUCAUUGACAGAAAUAAUGGGACAGUUCUGAAUGCAGCACCUGACAGGGUCACUGCAGUAUGGAAUGCAUUUAGUGCGACGCCGGAUCACGAAAGGGCUGGAAUGCAGUGCGUCUGUGAGGCCAUUUUAGCUCUGGAGUCCCUUCUUGCUAAGGUAUUUAUCCCUAUGGGCCUAGAAUUAACACCAGUCGUGGUGGCAACCUCAGGCUGUGUUUUGGCUGGAACUGUUGGCUCAGAAGACGAACGCGCCAUGGUGGUGCAUGGAAGAUGUGUUUCCCUUGGAGAGGCGUUACCCUCUUUGUUGAUGGCGCAGGGCGUAAAGUAUGCAUGUACAGGAACUUUGUUUGAAAAUUGUUCCGAGUUUUUUACAUGUGUUCCAAUAGAAUAUGUGACUGAUGUGGAUGAGCGUCGACAUGUCAUUUACGAAAUUGUGAACAAGCCCGUCCCUUCUCUUCAGAGAAUUACGGAGGCCUUCAAAAGGUUUCAGGCGGGUGAAUACGACCUUGCAGAGCGCAUGUAUUUGAAGCUCUCCAGGGAGAAUUGUGAGGAUCGGUGGGGUUUGCGAAUGGGCCAGUUAUGCUCGUAUCUUGCGAGGAGUGGAGGGACGUAUCAGCGGCGAGUCCCCCAGUGGCAAAUGUUUCCGGUUGAGGAAACAGAUGACAGCACCGUGACGCAAAGGAACAAAUUGUUUUAUCACUGGAGGAAGCCGGAGGUAACUCCUGUUGAGGAUCAACUUCGAAACGCCAUUCUGAGGAAUUCGGGCACAUGCACAGAAUUAGCGGUGCCCCCCUGUGGAGUCAUUCAACCGCGGCCGAAUUUUUUCGUGAGUGGAGACCACGUUUUAAGUUUCCCUCCGUUGUCAGAAGCACCGAAACCACCUGCCGUUUUCGAUGUGUGUGAUCGACAGGGCAUGACGUUUCGGAUGUCGGACCGUAUUUUGGGCACAGGGGUGAGUGGAAUUGUCUCUAUGGGCUUAUCGCAAACAGGUGCUUUGGUUGCCAUAAAGGCCAUUCAACUGCCCAGAAUAACGCACACCGCAUUCAAUCAAAUGAGCGGUGUUAACCGUCGACGCCUGCGCAGAAAAGGUAUUAACGUUGAUGUAAACGUGGAUGAGGCGUUAGAUACCGUUAUUAAUGAAGUGAGUUUGCUGUCGCGAUUGCGUCAUGCCAACAUUGUUGGAUACAUAUCUUGCGCCAUAUUAAAUGAUAAACUGCUUGUUGUAAUGGAGUUUGCAAGUGGUGGGAGUCUUUACAACAUGCUGCACAAGUUCACAAAGUUUAAGGUCGAUCAGGCAAAACGGUACCUGCGGGAUGUCUUGAAGGGACUUGUGUAUUUGCAUCGGGAAGACAUUGUUCACCGAGACAUUAAACCACAAAAUGUUCUUUUGCUGGAAACAGGUCUGUGUAAGUUGAGUGACUUUGGGACGUCAAAAUGUCUAUUGAAAGCUUGUAACAGCGGCCAGCCGGAGGGAACUCCACCGUACAUCGCCCCUGAAGCUGCACGAGGCAGGGCGGAGAAGGCAUCCGAUAUAUGGAGCUUUGGCAUUAUGAUGGCGCAGAUGUUAAGUGGCAGGCUUCCCUGGUCAAACAUGGAGGAAAUGACACCUCAGACCUUCUGCUACAACGUGGGGCAUAAUGAGAAUUUUGUACCUCAACUAGACGAGCAAAUUUCAGCCCAAGAGAAGGAAAUAAUUAUGCGGUGUUGCAAUCGUGUUCCGUCUAAAAGACCGACCGCAGAGGAGCUAUUGCAAGACCCCUACUUUAGUCAAUCGAAGACGUUUACGAAUGCACACGCACUUGGCUCACUUACAAGCCGUGUUGAUGAGUGCUUUCAACUCUCUUCUUUGAAUGCAUCUCAAUUGAGGCCAAGCAGCGAGCGCCCCUACACCCCCUCGUCUUCGUGA